CACCCGGCCGCCCCCCCUAAGCCGGGCUGAGAGAUGCUGUAAGGCAACCCCCCGGCUCCCAAGACCCUCCGUUGCUCCCCCCAAACACACACCCGUCCCCCCCCACCCUGCCGCCCCCCGUUGCGGAGCCGGACGCUGGAUCCCCGCACCCCACCCGCCUCCACCCACGGCCCCAGGGCUCAAGGUCUGGAUCCCCUGCACUGGCCAGGGCGGUAACCUGCUGCCAUGGGGGUUAAAACAAUGCUCCCCAGCUAUGAACUGGGGUUUUAUGCCCUUGCCGUGACAUGUGCUGUGGUGUACAGCGGCAGCGGGAUCUUCGAAGCAUCCAGAGACAGCAUGAACAGAAAGGCCUUUCGGGAAGGCAUAAAGCCGGGCUGGCACUACUUCGGCAGGAAGAUGGACAUGGCUGAUUUCGAGUGGGUGAUGUGGUUCACCUCGUUCAGGAACGCCAUCAUCUUUGCCCUCUCAGGACAUGUCCUCUUCGGCAAGAUCUGCUCCAUGACGGUGCCACAGCACCGGGCUGUGGUGUACAUGCUGUACGGGGUCUUGGCCGUGCUGGGCAGCAUGGGGCUCGUCUACCUGAUGAUCAUCCUCUCCCACUGCCUUGUCCUUUACUCCGUCGCACUGGCCAAGCAGAAGUGGCUCUGCUAUGUGGCCGGGCUUUGCUGUCUCGCCUCCUUCAAGGUGGAGCCAUUCAGCUCGUGGCAGGGCGGGUUUGUAACGGGAGCUUUUGAUCUUCAAGAUGUCCUCUUCUAUGGAGGAAGCUGCUUCACCAUCAUGCGCUGCAUGAGCUUUGCACUUGAGAACUCUGAGAGGAAAGAGGGCAUCUACUCCAUCUUCGACCUCCUCAAGUACAACUUCUACCUCCCAUUCUUCUUCUUCGGGCCUGUCAUGACAUUUGACCAGUUCCAUGCCCAGGUGAGCACCCAAGAGUUAAGACGCAAAGACGAUGAGUUGAAGAACAUCCAGGUCCAUGCUCUCCUCCAUGUGGGGGCCAUCAUUGCCGUGGACAUCUUCUUCCAUUUCUUCUACAUCCUCACCCUCCCUUCUGACCUGAAGUUCACAAACCGCCUCUCGGACUGGUCCUUGGCUGGCCUGGCCUACUGCAAUUUGGUGUACGACUGGGUGAAAGCUGCUGUCAUGUUUGGGGUCACCAACACCAUUGCCAGACUGGACCACUUGGACCCACCCCAGCCCCCCAAAUGCAUCACCAUGCUCUACGUCUUCGCAGAAACGCAUUUUGACAGAGGGAUUAAUGACUGGCUGUGCAAGUACGUGUAUGAUCACCUUGGAGAGAACCAUGACAACAUCAUGAAGGAGCUCGUGGCCACCAUCGCCACCUUUGCCAUCACCACCCUGUGGCUGGGGCCCUGUGAGAUCGUUUACAUCUGGUCUGUCCUCAACUGCUUUGGCCUCAACUUUGAGCUCUGGGUGCAGAAGUUCUUCCAGCUGGAGCCCUUUGCCAAACUGGAGGCCAGAAUGUCAGCGGCCAUGUCUCGGCGCAUUAGGGCGGCUUUUGGGGCGGCGAAUUUCUGGGCCAUUGUCCUCUACAACAUCCUAGCUCUCAACAGCCUGGAGUUUGCACUGCUGGUGACCAAGAGACUCGUCCUGACGGGUUUCCCUGUCAGCACCUUGUCCAUCUGGUUCAUCACGUACUGCGGAGUGCAGCUGAUCAAAGAGCGUGAGCACAUCCUGGCCAUCGAGGAGGAGAUAUGUGACAAAGCAAAGGUGGAGUAGAGGGAGGCAUCGACAGGCUUGUCCCAAAGCCUCGUCUCCCUUCCAGCCAGGGCUCUUCAAGCACUCCCGACAAUCAGACUGCUGUAGCUCACCCAUGUAGAAGUCAUCUGGAAGGCGCAGGUCCCCCCUUGCUGCAGGAAAGAUUUUCUAUAAGCCACAGUGGGCAUUCUGCAGGCUCCCCAUGUGUGGCAGACUACCGAGGUAGGUUCCUAGGACACUUCUUGAAUGCCAGAACGAGCCAUACCCAUCAUCCUUCUGACCCUCUGACAUUGUGCAGGCCUAGAGAUUUCACUCCCUGCUUCCCGUAACACUUGGUCCCACCAGCACUCAGCUCUCCUGCAGGACCUGUAGCCCAUGUUUUCCAGAGGAGACUCUUCACGUCCCAUGGUUGGAGGUUUUAGGGUGGGCCAGACACAGAGCUAUGAGAAAGCACCAGCUAAUCUCUGAGCCUGCUCUGAGCAGACAACCUCCAGGUCAUUUCCAGCCCAAGCAUCCCAUGUUUUCUUCUCUACAAGAAAUGGUCAGCGUCCACUGUCAAGUGUUCAGCAUCUAUGGUUUGUGCAGUAAGGACUGUGAAACGACUCAGCACAAUCUAUACCUGCCAAGAGGCUAAUAAAUAAAUAAUACAGCCUUUAUAGCAAAGGGAAGGGGGAACCACUGAAGGGAAAUUACCUCUCCACCACUGUCAACAGUGCAGUGAUGGCUGUUACCAUCUCUGCAAAACAGGCCCCUUCAGUGUUAGAUGUCUUGGAAAAAAUGAUUUGGUGCCAACAUCAGGCAUAGUUAAUGAAAGUGCAGGAGCCAUACCUGCUUCACAGACAUGGCACAUCACAUACAGGUCGCCUGGGGAGCAGGCAUGCUAAAGAAACACAGCACGUGGCCCACAACUGCUUGGUCCCCAGGCCCCAGCUCAGACCCAAAGGGCCCUGCACUACUGGGUCUGAGACCGACGUGGCCACCACGACCAUCCUGCUGUGAUACCUGUCCUGGGACUCAAACUAAAUCCCACUUGCAUUUUUCACAUGCCAUGGACAAAAAGUUUAAGCUCACAUUCCUGCCCCAUGGCUGAGGAACAGAAGAUGCUGUAGCCAGCCCUGCUCAUCUCCAUCCAUCCCUCCCUUUACUCAACUGUCUUUGGUGCACACAGCCUGAACCCGUGACCACGUGGCUGAAUGAGCACAUACACAACCAAAGGAGAAAGACCUUCAAUGAAGGGCAGUGCCUUGGGGCUGGGUGGUGGAGGGAAAAGCCCAUGAUAGCCUCCUUGGAGAAGUAGACUUUAGGACGCUGUGUAUGAAGUGCAUUGAAUAAAUGUAUGUGUGCAAAACACAGUGCCUUGGGGAAAAGGUGGGUUAAUAACUGGAAAAAUAGCUCUAGCUCUCUUGUACUUUAGAGUAACUUUCAGUGGCCUUACGUGGGAGUUAUGUUGGUGUUUCAUGAGGGCAGAAUCCGGACCACUUUGCAAUGUGGGUCAAGAUGCCUGAUGCUGGGUGUCUUCCAGCUUCCCUGUGGAUGAAACAGGAUUGGAUCCCAGCCAGCUUUCAGCUCUGCCAAAGUAAUUUGUGAAGUCCUUGAUAAAGGUCACUUAUUUAUGUAGUAAAUAAAAG